UGCAGGUGCUCGCGGUCCCUGGCGUCCCCCAGCUGCUGCGUGUGAGGCCACUGCCCCCCGUCGAGUCCUGGACCAGGAGGAUGCCCGGGCCGCCGGCCAGCUCCCGUCUGCACCAUGAGUGAGGAGCGGCGGCUGCCGGGCAGUGCGGUGGGCUGGCUGGCCUGUGGGGGCCUCUCCCUGCUGGCCAACGCCUGGGGCAUCCUCAGCGUGGGCGCCAAGCAGAAGAAGUGGAAGCCGCUGGAGUUCCUGCUGUGCACGCUGGCGGCCACGCACAUGCUGAACGUGGCCGUGCCCAUCGCCACCUACUCCGUGGUGCAGCUGCGGCGGCAGCGCCCCGACUACGAGUGGAACGAGGGCCUCUGCAAGGUCUUCGUGUCCACAUUCUACACGCUCACCCUGGCCACCUGCUUCUCCGUCACCUCCCUCUCCUACCACCGCAUGUGGAUGGUGCGCUGGCCCGUCAACUACCGGCUGAGCAACGCCAGGAAGCAGGCGGUGCACACGGUCAUGGGCAUCUGGAUGGUGUCCUUCGUCCUGUCCGCGCUGCCGGCCGUGGGCUGGCACGACACCGGCGAGCGCUUCUACGCCCACGGCUGCCGCUUCAUGGCGGCCGAGAUCGGCCUGGGCUUCGGCGUCUGCUUCCUGCUGCUGGUGGGCGGCAGCGUGGCCACGGGCGCGGUGUGCACGGCCGUCGCCCUCUUCCAGACGCUGGUGGGGCAGGGGGGGCGCCGGGCUGACCGCCGCGCCUUCACCGUGCCCACCAUCGUGGUGGAGGACGCGCAGGGCAAGCGCCGCUCCUCCAUCGACGGCUCUGAGCCCCCCAAAACGUCGCUGCAGGUCACGGGCCUGGUGGCCACCAUCGUCGUCAUCUACGACUGCCUCAUGGGCUUCCCCGUGCUGGUGGUGAGCUUCAGCAGCCUGCGGGCCGACGCCCCGGCGCCCUGGAUGGCGCUGUGCGUGCUGUGGUGCUCCGUGACCCAGGCGCUGCUGCUGCCGGUGUUCCUCUGGGCCUGUGAGCGCUACCGCGCCGACCUCAAGGCUGUCUGGCAGAAGUGCGUGGCCCUCAUGGCCAACGAUGAGGACCUGGACGACGGAGAAGACGGCCUGAGAGUGGCCCCCAGGGAGUUCCUAACAGUGCCAAGAGAGCUCUCGCUACAUGCCAGGCAGCAUGAGCCCCUGGGCAUAGGUGGUGCCCCCAGAGCUCCCAGGGUGACCUCACAUCCCACCCCCGUAGACAGCAGCCUUGAGGGUGGCGUCCGCACGGAGUUGGUGUUGCAGCGCUCCCUGGACCACAGCUACGGGGGCGACUUUGUGGCCCUGGAGAGGAGGGCCAAGUACGAGCUCCCUGCCCUGGAGGGGGGCCUGCCCCAGCUCUGCCCUCUGCAGCCCCUGCAGGAGGACAAGAUGCAGUACCUGCAGGUCCCGCCCACGCGGCGCUUCUCCCAGGACGACGCGCCCUCCCAGAGUCAACGGAGCGGGAUUCUCUGCCCGCUGCGGCAAGCGGGCCUUGCUCGGAGGAGCGACGGCUGCCCGCAUGAGUACGCGGGGCACAAAACCUGCCGCCGGCUUGGCAUCUCCGGGCAGAGCGAGGCUGGGCGUGGGUGGGAGGAGGUGCUGGCUCCCAGACCCCGAGGCUGCCGCGGGGCCACGACUCGUGCGGGGCCAGGAAGGAGCGCUGACGGCAUGUCCCAGCUCGAAGUCGCGCUCAGCGACCACGUCCUCUCGGGAGAAUGA